CGGUGGCGGGGCUCGUCCCCGUGAGGCUCCGUGUUGGCCAAGCUGCCCGCGCGCGACCGAGAUGAAGUGCACACGCAGGCUCGCCCGGGACGGUGACAGGGGCUCCAGCACACGGUCGCGGGUGACGGGAGAGGGAGGCUCGUAGCUCCUGUCAGGACGGCGAACUGGAUGCUGAUAAAUAUGAGAAUGACCCAGAUUUAGAAAAGAUCCGAAGAGAGAGGAACUACUCCUGGAUGGACAUCAUAACCAUAUGCAAAGAUAAACUGCCAAAUUAUGAAGAAAAGAUUAAGAUGUUUUAUGAGGAGCACCUACACUUGGACGAUGAGAUCCGCUACAUCUUGGAUGGCAGUGGGUACUUUGACGUGAGAGACAAGGAGGACAAGUGGAUCCGGAUUUUCAUGGAGAAAGGAGACAUGAUCACUCUUCCCGCAGGGAUCUACCACCGCUUCACACUGGAUGAGAAGAACUACGUGAAGGCCAUGCGGCUGUUCGUGGGAGAGCCAGUGUGGACGGCCUACAACCGGCCGGCUGACCAUUUCGAUGCCCGGGACCAGUAUGUGAAGUUCCUGGCACAGACAGCAUAGCAGUGAUCCCUGGGUACCAGCGCACGCCGGGUAAACACGAUAACCGAGCUGGAAAAUCACUCAUCCUCUCUUGGCUUUUCUAUUGUAGACCUGA